AUUGAUUAUGGGCACGACGUGUUUGAGUGGGGGAAAGGACUCAAGGACCAGAUGAAGCGCGUUUUUGGGAUUGAUAACUUCAGGCUGUGUCAGGAGGGAGUCUGUAACGCGAACAUGGACGGACGGGAUAUCGUCUGCGUCAUGCCCACAGGCGGCGGGAAGUCACUAACCUACCAACUCCCCGCUCUUCUUUCUGCAGGGUGCACACUUGUGAUAUCACCGCUUAUUUCGCUUAUUACGGACCAGAUAUUGCACCUCAGAGAAGCGGGUGUUGAAGCGGUGAUGUUGACUGGGUCAAUGCCGAAAGAGGAAAAACAAGACGCGAUGAGGAGGUUGAGGUUGCUUGCGGAUGGGAAGGUUGCCCCGGGGACGGGGGGUGUGGUCAAGUUGUGCUAUUUCACGCCCGAGAAGCUAGCGAACGAUAAGCAUUUCUUGGGUCUCAUCCAGAGAUUAUACGAGACCCGGUUUGUUAUUGACGAAGCCCACUGCCUUUCAAGUCUUGGACACGAUUUCCGGCACGACUAUCAAAAACUACACAUUCUCCGCAAACAAUUCCCCCGCGUUCCUAUAAUGGCCUUAUCAGCCACCUGUCCGCCCUUAGUCCUCAAAGACCUGGUCAAGACGUUGGGGUUACCGCCUAUCGUUGAUGGAUACAAUGCGGACGACGAAGGGACGGUAUACUUCACCUCUCCGCUUUACCGGAAGAACCUGCACUACAAGGUCCUAGCGAAGCCUGCCAAAUCCGCGGAGAUGUAUCAGCUUAUGGUGGAUUAUAUAUUGGAACAUCACCCAAAUGAUACGGGAAUUGUUUAUUGUUUUUCUAGGAAGGAAUCGGAAAUAGUAGCGCAACAACUCAAAGAGCUCAGCCAGAAUCGGAUCAGGACGGGGACUUAUCAUGCUGAUGUGGCUGCUGCACAGAAGGAGAGCUUGCACAAGGCGUGGAGGAAUGGGAGUGUUCGUGUUGUUUGUGCUACUAUCGCCUUUGGGUUAGGUAUUGACAAGGGAGACGUCCGAUUUGUGAUUCACCACUCGAAAUCCUUGGAAGGGUUUUACCAGGAGUCCGGCCGCGCAGGGCGUGAUGGAAAGGACUCUGAUUGUAUCUUGUAUUAUCGCCCGCAGGAUGGGACGAACCUCGUUUCGAUGGUUGCUACUGAACGAGAUGGACAGUCGAAGAUUCUUUCAAUGCUGGAGUUUGCUGAAGAUGUUGAGCAGUGUCGGAAGAUCCAAUUUGCCACAUACUUCUCUCAAUCAUCGAACCUCUCCAUUGCCUCCUGGUCCACAUCCGACGCCAGUGCCCUCCAACGCUGUGGGCACUGCGAUAACUGUAUCCGUCCACAAGACACCGUUCACCGCAGUGACGUCACGCUUGAUACAUGGAGAAUACUCAAGGUUGCGACCUUUGUCAACCGGUCUGGUGGGAAAGUGACGCUGAGCGGGCUAGCGGAUCUAGCUAGGGGUUUGGGUGGUGGGAAGUUUGAGGUUAAUCAGGGGAAGAGGGGGAAGAUGAAGUGUUCCUUGGAUUUGGAGGCUGAAUGUGGUGGAAAGGUUGGGAUUGAUAAGACUGAAAUCGAACAUCUUCUGAUCCAGCUCAUACUGCAAAAAUACCUCGAUGUAGAAUAUCACCAGACGGCGUAUAAAGGCAUCGUUUACAUCGUCCCGGGCCAACUUGCGCCUACCCUUGUUCAUCUGGGCAAGAAGGAUAUAGAGGCG